UCAGUUUUGGCCAGUUUUAAUUGACAUAGCCAAUAUGCAUGAAAUUAGACCAAUGGUUGUAGCAAUUUAUUUCGGCGAUUCGAAACCACCAUCCAGCGAAGAGUUUUUAAGAUCAUAUGUUGACGAGAUUAAUAGUCUAAUUUUAAAUGGAAUUGAGUUUCCAAACGGCUCAAAAAUAUUGAUCAAGAUUAAUGCGUAUAUUGCAGACACCCCGGCUCGAGCAUUUAUUAAAUGCGUUAAGACACACACCGCAUAUAACAGUUGUACAAAAUGUAACGUUGUAGGAGAAUUCGAUCGAUCGGGAAACCACAUGAGCUUUCCAAGGUUAGAUUGUCGACGAAGAACUCAUUUAGAUUUUAUAAACAAAGUUGAUGAAGAUCAUCAUCUAUGGAAUUCAAGAAUGCGACAGUUUUAUCACACCCUUUUGGAGGAAAUUGAAGGCAUUGACAUGAUAAAAAAUUCCCUAUUGCUGAUUCGAUGCACUUAA